AUGGAAAUAAUGGGGAAUGCGACGGCUCCAGGACUUGGGAUGCCAGAGCCGGAUUUUAUUGGAAAUGAUUAUUGGGCAGGAGGAGGAGGCAGCGAUAACAUUACAUCGUACCCGGGAUUUGGGAAUGUAGGAGCUAAGGGGUCCGAAGUAGAUUGGGUAAAUGAUUUGGUUUGGUAUGGUGAAGCUAUAAGAGGUGAUGGGUUUAUAUGUGAGGAGCAUCCGGCUAAGUUGUCUUCAGAUGGUAUUUGGGAGAAGACUGUUUUUGACAAAAGGGGUUAUAGCUUUUGGCAAUAUCGUCUUCCCAAUCUGGAGCUUGUUAUCUUGCUUGUGUUCUUCCUUUGGCAAGUAUUUUAUAUCUUGUUCAAGAAAUUGGGUCUUUCUAUUCCAAAUUUCACUUCCAUGAUGCUUGCGGGGUUACUCUUGAAUGUUCUACUUACUAUUUCUGGCGAUAACUCGAUUAUGCAAGAGAUCUUGUUCCCCAAGAAUAGAAUAGACAUUCCAGGAUGCUUGGGAUCAUUAGGCUUCCUGAUUUUCUGGUUCCUCAAGGGUGUGAAAAUGGAUGUCAAGAGAAUAUUCAGGGCUGAAUCAAAGGCAAGACUAACUGGAGUUGCCGCGGUUACUUUCCCUAUACUUGUUGGCUUCGUGCUUUACAAGUCACAACCAGCUGAGAAUCGACCACUCAAAUCAAUAGAGUAUGAUACAUUGUUGCUAAUGGAGAGCCUCACAUCCUUCUCAGGAAUAGCAAGGCUCUUGCGCGACCUCGACAUGAACCACUCGUCUAUUGGUCGGGUCGCAUUAUCCUCAGCCUUAGUCUCUGAUUUGGUUGGACUCAUGUUCUUGUUGGGAACAGUUCCAGUUAAUUUUACAUCAAAGAUUCAAGGUGGGAGUCUACUUGUAGAGAUGCUCGUCUUUAUCCUUGUUGCGUUUACUGUCAUGAGACCGAUAAUAUUUAGAAUUAUCAAACGCAAACGAGAAGGGAGACCCAUCGAAGACAAAUACAUCUACAGCAUUCUCGUCAUGGUUUGUUUAGCUUGUAUGUAUUGGGACGAUCUUGAGCAGUUUCCUGCACUUGGAGCCUUCUUUCUUGGUCUGGCCAUUCCCAAUGGACCUCCUAUUGGUUCUGCAUUGAUUGAACGAUUCGAGAGCUUCAAUUUCGCUAUCAUAUUGCCUCUCUUCCUGUCAGCUAGUAUGCUAAGGGUUGAUCUCAAAUGUUGGAAAGACUGUUUUACGUUCUUUAGCAGUGAUGAAAAAAAAUUUGCGGUUGCGUCUCUCAUCUUGCUCAUAUUCGUGUUGAAGCUCUCUAUCUCGGUGAUAGUACCUUACCUCUAUAAAAUGCCACUAAGAGACUCCUUUUUGCUUGCCCUUAUCAUGUCCCAUAAGGGUAUUAUCGAAAUAGGUUUCUACCUUUUCUCUUUCGGCCUCGAGCUUUUCAGCAGAGAUUCCUACUCGAUCAUUGUCUUGUUUAUCGUCCUCAACUCGUUUGUCAUACCAAUAAUGAUCGGAUUUCUAUACGACCCAUCAAAGCAAUUCGUGUGCUACCAAAAGAAAAACUUAGCAAGUAUGAAGAACAUUGGAGAGCUAAAGACUCUUGUGUGCAUCCAUAGACCUGAACACAUAUCUUCCAUGAUCAACCUUCUUGAAGCUUCUUAUCAAUCUGAUGAGAGCCCUCUCACUUGCUAUGUGCUUCACCUUGUCGAAUUACAAGGUCAAGACGUUCCCACUUUGAUCUCACACAAAGUCCAGAAACUCGGAGUUGGGUCAGGGAAAAAAUAUUCGGAAAACGUCAUCCUUUCUUUCGAACAUUUUACCCGUUAUGUAUGCAGUUCUGUUUCCAUAGACACAUUCACUUGCAGCAACCCGAACCACAUGCAAGAUGAUAUUUGUUGGCUUACCCUCGAUAAAGCUGUCACGCUUAUCAUUCUUCCUUUCCAUCGGACUUGGUCUCUCGACCGAACCUCCAUCAUAUCCGACAGUGAAAUGAUUCGGUUUCUUAAUUUCAACGUAUUGAAACAAGCUCCUUGCUCUGUCGGCAUCCUUAUCGAACGAAAUCUUGUUAACAAGAAGCAUGAGUUUCAAAAACAUCUCAAGGUGUGUGUGAUAUUCGUGGGAGGAAAAGACGACAGGGAAGCAUUGGCCUUUGGAAAACGAAUGGCUCGUCAAGGGAAUGUGACAUUAACGGUUCUACGCCUUUUAGCAUCCGGAAAGAGCAAAGAAGCGAAAGGAUGGGAUCAAAUGCUUGACACAGUGGAACUUAGAGAGUUGAUGCGAAAGAACGAUGGAGAAGUACUAAAAGAAGAAAGUUCCAUAAUUUAUAUGGAACAAGAGAUAAUAGAUGGAGCGGAUACGGCAAUGCUUCUACGUUCCAUGGCUUACGGUUACGACCUUUUCAUCGUAGGAAGAACAUGUGGAGAGAACCAUGAGGCAACAAGAGGGACUGAGAAUUGGUGUGAGUUUGAGGAGCUUGGAGUCAUUGGUGAUUUCUUGGCCUCGCCGGAUUUCCCAAGCGAAACAUCGGUGUUAGUAGUUCAACAACAACGAACGGUAGCCAAUAAUUAGAAGUGGAGAAAAGCACACUACUUGUUCCACAAAUUUCUUUUGUAUAGCAUCUAAAAUAAAAUUUUAAAUAAUUAGAGGUACAGAAAGAGACACCAGUAAUUCUGCAAUUCACUUUGAAAUACCCAA